AUGCCCGACGAGUGCGAGGUUGUUCUGGGCUUGUUGACGUAUAUGAUAGACUCAGAAGCAACGGCCUGGAAACGCGCCAUGUGUAUGGAGGUCUUCCGUCUUGUCUAUACUGAACCUGGUCUGGCUGUGCAGAUCUACCUACAGUACGACGCCAAAGACGGCAAAAAAUCGAUCGUUCGAGACAACAUCGCAUCCUUCGUCAAGAUCUCCACAGAGAAGCCGUCUGUCAUUGGAUUGGGCCAACACUCAAGCGUUCCUACCGAUCAGGCAAGAGAGACCAUCGCUGAGCAGGUUGCUAUGGAAGCUGCUGGCGGUGUUGCUGGUGUAAUUGCUCCGACAUCGAACUUAGGUGAUAUCAAUGUCCCGGGCAUCAGUACACGAUGGAGCGUGCCCAAAACUCAAUGCAUGGAUCAACUUGACAAGACAGAGCCUCCCGCUCUACCAGAAACCUACAUCUACAGUCUUGUACUAGAGUGUCUCAAUAGUCUUUCUGAGAACUUGGCCAAGGUUGUACUUCCCUUGACCGUCCAGCAACACACGAACGAACAAGAACAAGAUUCAGAGGGGGAAGUCGAAGCCGAGGAGCAGAUCACAAGUCCGCAAAAGACGAGGUCCCGAAAGAAGAGGUCCCAAUCUUACCGAUCGCGCACUGUACCGCUUAACCCGCUUUCUACAGAUGGAAGUGUCCAAGCUAUCCGUAUUAGAGCUAUUGCAAAGCUCGUGGAGCAGUGUUGGCCUGCAUUGCUUGCAACGUAUUCGACUUUCCUCAACGCGUCUCUUGACAACGACUACUACCGAGCGCUGAUCAGGUCAUAUCAAAGAUUCGUACAGGUCUCUGGUCUUCUGAGAUUGUCCACCUCGCGAGAUGCAUUUUUGACCACUUUAGGUAAAGCUGCGGUUCCUCCCAGCAUCGUGACAUCCAGUAUAUCAAGCGUCUCGUCACCAACGGUUGAGACUCCUGGAAUAUACUCUAACGGCAAAGGUUUACUGAGUGUGGAGAGCUUUUCAACUCAGACAUCAGGAAAUGAAAGAUCAAGACGAACGUCCUAUGAUCCGGCAUCGAGGCCUACAUUGUCCACACGCAAUCUGCUGUGUCUGAGAGCACUUCUUAAUGUCGCUAUCGCAAUAGGUCCGACUUUGGAAUCUUCGUUCAACAUUGUUUUUGAAACGCUUCUACAAGCUGGAGUUGUUCUUAAUGCUUCUCAAGCAAAGUCUACAGCAAUCGGUCCAGAGAUUGCAGCUGUAGAGGGCGCAGUUUUACGUCUUCUGGAGAGCACGGCGGACUAUCCGAAUGAUGCUUUCCUUCAUGUACUCACAACUCUCUGCAGACUGCUCAACGGAAGGACCGAGGGCGUGCCAUCGUCUCCAACCCAUACAAAACCCUCGACUGCUGCGCGUAGGAUAUCCAGUCUACCUGGCAUCACAACAGACAUUGCACUCUCUACUCAGGAUUACAUGUUUGUGUUAACAAGAAUCAACGAUCUUGCAGAACAUAAUGUUUCGAGAUUCGCAAGUUAUGCGUCUUCGGAAAGUGGAUGGACUGUCCUGGUCGAUCGCCUUGUGGAUUUGAGCAUUGCUACAAGCAUACCAGAUGAUGCUCGCCGUCUUGCUGCUGAUAUAUUGGCUCGAUGCUCCAUCGCCGUUGCCGAGGCAAGUACAUCUGAGGAGGCAGAAGACGCAGCACUGGCUCAGAAUAUGGUUCUGUCAUCUUUGAAUCUGCUUAUACGUCGACUUUACGAAGAAGGUGACGACCUCACCAAUGUCGAUAUCGAUAUUCACAACAGAGUCCUCGACUCUGUUAAAGCUGUGCUUGAGAAGUCUGGAGAGGCACUCACAGCCGGCUGGGAAACCAUUCUGGCCCUAAUAGGUAGUGUUUUCGAUACAAAUGAUGCCGAGGAAAAAGAACGUGACGACCAAGACCACAAAGAAGGUUGGUUGAUGUUGUCAAGCCACUUCAUCGCUCCGUAUCUAGGCCGAUCAGCGUUCGGUGUGAUGCAGUUGGUCUGCUCGGAUUUCCUUGCACCACUUCCACAGACGUGUCUUAGUCCGUUGGUAGAAAUUCUGUUCCGUUUUGCUUCUCAGAAUUCUGACCUUAACAUUUCCCUCACUGUAAGUAGUUGA